GCUCGCAGAGUGCGCAUGCGCGGCGCACAAGGUCGUCUCAGCAGUAGUGUAAGCAUGAUGUCCCUAGCUGCCCGAUCGGGGGUAUUUUCCCCUUACAUGCAGGCUACAGCAUUUGCUGUGGCGGGGCCCCUGAAGCCUCUGGUCCCGGGGGUUGUUGUAAAGGCAGAGAAAUUUCUGAUGGACCCGAAGAAGCCGUUCCUGUGCCGAGAGACGCUGAGCGGUCAAAGCCCAAAGACAGGCCCUGCUGUAACUGUUAGCAUCAACGGAUGUGCUGGAGUCCGGUUCGCCCACACCGACAUCAAAGUCCCAGACUUCUCUGACUACAGGCGUCAAGAGGUGCUGGACCCCUACAAGUCAUCCCAGGAGAGCAAUGAGUCCCGGAGGACCUUCUCCUACCUGUUCACCGGGGUCACUGCCGUGGUCGGCGUCUAUGCCGCCAAGACCGUGGUGACUCAGUUCGUCUCCUCCAUGAGCGCCUCCGCCGACGUUCUGGCCAUGUCCAAGAUCGAGAUCAAGCUGGGCGACAUCCCUGAAGGGAAGAACAUGACCUUCAAGUGGCGAGGCAAGCCGCUGUUCGUCCGCCACCGCACCGAGAAGGAGAUCGAAGUCGAAGCCGCUGUCAACCUCUCGGAGCUGCGGCACCCGGAGCUCGACAAGGACCGGGUGGUCAAGCCCAAGUGGGUGAUCGUCAUCGGCGUGUGCACACACCUGGGCUGCGUGCCCAUCUCCAACGCUGGAGAAUAUGGAGGUUACUACUGCCCCUGCCACGGCUCGCACUACGACGCCUCCGGCCGCAUCAGGAAAGGCCCCGCCCCUCUCAACCUGGAGGUCCCCUACUACGAGUUUCCAGAUGACGACACGGUGAUUGUGGGAUAAACGUUCCCAGUCAGAGAAAGGCUGAGCUAACCCAACUGGGAGCAACAAGACUUCAGUUCUCCAUGGCAACAUUUGUCUUUAAUUUCAUAACUAUAAAUCAUCUCCAGUUAUGUUAAGAUGUGGAGGCUGAAACUGCUCUGACCUUAGCUCUGGUUAUGCAGCUGGACACUUGGAAGAUGCCAUCCUCUCUGCUUCUUAUUGGUUGAAUAUGAUGUAAAUGUAAAUUAAACCAGACGUUAUCACAUGUCUUGCUCCAUCUCCUGUUGUGCUCAAUAAAGAUUUCUAUUUUAUUUGA